CCUCCCUUUUCACAACUUGAUGACGUGUCGGCGGCGCUGCGGCGCGUUCGUUUUGCUGGGGCUCCAGCUCCUCAUCGUUUCAACCUAUGCACAGAACUAUGCACAAAACAUGUACUGUGGCCGCCGUGAGUGCUACGCCAUUCUUGGCUUGCGAGGACAAGAAACAACCGCAACAACGGCGGACAUCCGACGGACAUACAGGACACCGUCACUGCAAUUCCACCUGGACAAGAACUCGAGUCCCGACGCGGCCCAGAUAUUCCAGGAAAUUGAAACAGCAUACGAAGUGUUGUCGGGGGGUCUCUCUCGACAAGCGUAUGAUCAUGCACGUCAACCACGUGUACGCGCCAAAAUCUGACGACCGUGUGAUGUUUUUGUCGCUCGUGCAAUACUAUGUUCAGCUGCAUCGCCACUGGCAAGCACUGGCGUACUUUCGAGAGAGCCAAGACGUCGUGCCCAAGCUCAAUCGAUCCAAUGAAGUCGAAGUGCUCAGGCAAGUUUAAAGACGCGGCAGCGCGGGGUUGGAGGGAAAGACAAGAAGCAGAAGAAAGAGCACAUCCGCGCCGAGGAAACAGCGAUCGUCGACGAACUCAUGGAGAAUGCAGAAAUCUCUGGCGGAUACACCAAGCCCAGGUUUGUCUGCCAGCUCAUCGAACGUUUCCUCGGUGCUUGAAUGCACAGCGUGGCCAACCUGUUGGUCGUCGGCUUGACGCUCCUGCCCGUCACAAUUGCCAAGGUCGCGCAGUGGCACCUCAGGUGGUGGUUCAAUUACUCACAGUGCGAAACGAUCCUUUCGCCCCCGAGGACGUGGAGUACCUCACGUGCAAAGCUCUGGGCAUCUCGCCAGAGUAUUUCCACAGCGAACAAUUCAUCGAAGACCUAGACGAAGUGUUGACUCGCGAGUUGUGGCAGCCGGAGAACAUGCUCGCGUACCAACUACAUGCGCCAAACAACGCGCCGGCACCCGAUCGAGACGUCAGAAAACAUGCACUGUGAAAGUAUCCAGCAAGGCCCUUGCUUAGCCGCCAACGGCGCGCCCGUGACACAACCAGUCGUAGGGAGGUCUGGUUGGAACCAGUACGCCUUUCGGGCUAGCACGCGCUGCAUCAUGGGCUCGAAGAAACACAGCGGAUAUCGAACAUCGCGAACAGCCUAGGAUGCCAACAGCAUUUGACUAACAGCGUCGUCCUCCUGAUUCAA